AUGUUGAAAAUAGCAUUAGUAGUUUGUGUAGCUGUGUGUGCGGUGACCGUCGGUGGCGAUUUGCUGGACGAGUUUUACAAUCACAACAAGAGGGUUGCUAUCAGUAAGUACCCCUGCAAAGAACCACAACCAAGGGUUAUGUGCCUUAUGGAUGUUUUUGAUGAUGAAAUGUGGAACCUCUACAAAAACGACAUGAAAAAUAUUCGGCCCCAAGCUACCGUUCUCCACCGUUGUGAUGGAUCCGGCUGCUGCAAGAGACACAACGAAAAAUGCCAACCAAGGGUCGCCGAAGAAGUAACCCUCACCUUUUUGCAUUUGUCUCAAAAGAGGUUCAUCGAAAUCAAAGCUACCAAUCACACCAAAUGUAUAUGUGAGAAGUUUAGUGAAACCCGCAUAAAAUAA